AUGAUUGAAAGUGAAAAUUUACAUCAAGAAGAAAUAAUUAAAGAACUGUGUUUGUGCAAUGGUUUAUCUUAUGAGAUAGUUGGAAAAGAAGGAUCAAAUGCUUCAAAACUGGAGAUGUUUUUCUCAGGGUAUCCCCGUAUAGUUGGAUUAUCAUUAUUUCCUAAUUUAACAAGUCUUACAAUUGUUGCUCAAGAUAUAAAAGAAAUUUCAGGGUUAGAGACUUGUAUUCUGCUUAAAGAACUUUGGAUUGCUGAAUGUUGCAUCGAGAAAAUUGGAGGCCUUCAAGAAUGUAGAAAUUUGGAAAAAUUGUAUUUAUAUUAUAAUAAAAUUUCUAAAAUAGAAAAUUUAGACAGAUUAAUUAAAUUGCAAGUCCUCUGGCUGAACCACAACAUGAUUAAAAAUAUUGAGGGCUUACAGACUUUGAAGAAUUUAAAUGACCUCAACCUUGCAGGAAAUCUGAUAAGCAUCAUUGGUCGGUGUCUUGACAUCAAUGAAAAACUGGAGAAGCUUAACCUUUCUGGUAACCAAAUAUGUUCUUUCAAGGACCUCACUAACUUAACCAGGCUGCCUCACUUAAGGGAUUUGUGUCUGAAUGAUCCUCAGUAUAAAACCAAUCCAGUUUGUCUGCUGUGUAAUUAUUCCACACAUGUAUUGUAUCACUUGCCUUGCCUUCAAAGACUUGACACAUUUGAUGUGUCAGCCAAACAGAUCAAGGAACUGGCAGAUACCACAGCAAUGAAAAAAAUAAUGUAUUACAAUAUGCGUAUAAAAACUGUUCAGAGGCAUCUUAAUGAAGACCUUGAAAAACUGAAUGAUAGAAAAUGCAAAUUGCAGAAGUUGCCAGAAGAACGAAUAAAAUUAUUCAGCUUUGUGAAAAAAAAUUUGGAACGGGAACUGGCUGAACUCAAAGGAUCUGGCAAAGGGCACAGUGAUAGAUUCAAUAACAAUAAAUUAACUGAGGUUGAAAAGCCAAAAAAUCAUGAAACUGUCACAGAAGACCCAACUCUUCAUCAGAAGAUACUGACCAAACUAAAUGCCUUGACUGAAAGGGUAACAUUCUGGAACAAAAAACUAGAUGAAAUUGAGGCAAUUUAUCGCAUUGAAGUAAAACAAAAAAAGAAAAGUCAUGGCUUAUUGAUCCCAUUUUUGCUAAUUGAGUUGGAGACUGUGGGAAACAUCCAUUUUGAAGAAGGCACUCGAUCUGAUGACUGGUUUAAUUCCUGCUAUGAAUUAAUUCUAUCACGCUUCUGUACAUGGGACUUCAGAACUUAUGGUGUUACAGGAGUAAAAGUAAAACGUGUCAUUAAAGUUAACAACCGUAUUCUGAGACUAAAAUUUGAAGAGAAAUUUCAAAAGUUUUUGGAUCACGAAAGCAUGCAUGAUACAGAGACCUAUCGCAAGAUGCUGGAGUGCCUUUUUUAUGUUUUUGAUCCUGAAGUUAUGGUGAAGAAAAAGCAUCUGCUACAAAUUCUUGAAAAAGGAUUCAAAGAGAGUGAGACAAGCAAGCUGCCUCUCAGAAAAGAAGCUGUUAUUCUUGCUAAUAGCCUAAGUUUGUGUGAGUGUCCUCGAAUUGAGUUUCUACAGCAAAAGUACAAAGAUGAGAAGAAAAACACUCUUGAGAAUGAGCUCUUCAGACACGGCAUCCUCCUCAUUACGAAAGUUUUUCUUGGCCAGAGUGUUCAGGCUCGGGAACAAGAAGUUAUCAAUCAAGCCAACUAUCCAAUGGUUAACUCAGUGUUCGUUCCUCGGAAAUAUUUACUAAAUUCUAUUGUGGGACAAAGAAAUUGUGAUUGUGGCUUUCGGCAGUGCAAGUGGUUUGUCUUUGAUCAUGACCUUGUCUUGCCAGAAUACAUCGUUGAAUUUGAGUACAUUACAGUGGUCAAGGCUCACUCUUUAUUUUCUUCAUUCAACAAUGUUAUUCCAGAAGAAAGCAAAAAAAUUUCAGAAGGAUCAAUAUUGUCCCAAGAUUUGAAAGUUGAUGAUGAUGUUAUGAAAAUGGAACCCAAGAUUAAGCCCCAAGCAAAACUUAUUAGUUUGGAUGAUAAAACAAUACUUUCCCUUGCCAAGACUAACAUUUACAGUCAUAUUGUGAGUCUGAAUCUACAUGGAAACAGCUUGAGUAAAUUGAGAGAUCUCUCCAAAUUAACAGGACUUCGAAAACUGAAUAUUAGUUUUAAUGAAUUUACUUGUUUAGAUGAUGUAUACCACUUGUAUAACCUUGAAUAUUUGGAUGCAAGCCACAACCAUGUGAUAACUCUUGAGGGAUUUAGAGGUCUGAUGAAACUAAAGCACUUGGACUUGAGCUGGAAUCAACUAAAGAAAUCUGGGGAUGAAAUAAAUGUGUUAUGUAAACACACCACAAGCCUUCUCACUCUUAAUAUUCAACAUAAUCCAUGGCAAAAGCCAGCCACAUUGAGGCUGAGUGUCAUUGGCAGAUUAAAGACUCUUACACAUUUAGAUGGACAUCUCAUUUCUGAAGAAGAAACAACAGCAGCUAUGAAAUUUAUUACCGGAACAAAGAUUACUCAGCUAUCUAUCUUACGGCAUUCUAGUACCAAAGAGGAGAGACCACGGAUACUUAGUAUCUGGCCUUCUGCCAAAAUUCUGACACAGAUUUCAAAAUUUGGACCACAUUUACAUCUGAAUGGAAACUGGCACUUGAAGAUAACUGCCUUAAAUUUAGAUGGACAACAUCUCUUUGAAAUCACAAAUUUAGAAAAAUUGGAAAAUUUGAAAUGGGCAUCAUUCAGCAAUAAUAAUCUCACUAAAAUGGAAGGCUUGGAAUCCUGUAUCAACUUGGAAGAGCUCACAUUAGAUGGAAACUGCAUCUCAAAGAUAGAAGGCAUUUCCAAGCUAACUAAAUUAACUCGCCUCAGCAUAAAUAAUAAUCUUCUAACUGGUUUGGAAAAGCAUGUUUUUGAUAACUUGCUUCAUCUUCACUCCCUUUCUCUUGAGAACAACAGAAUCACUUCAUUGAGUGGUUUACAAAAAACUGUUAGUCUAAUUGAAUUGUACAUAAGCAAUAACUAUAUUGCUCUCAAUCAGGAGAUCUACAAUUUAAAGGGUUUAUGCAACUUGGUCAUUCUAGAUGUGUACGGAAACAUUAUUGUAUGGAAUCAAGAAAACUACCGAUUAUUUGUAAUAUUUCAUCUUCCAGAAUUAAAAGCUUUGGAUGGAAUCUCAAUUGAACCACCAGAGACUGAGAGUGCAAAAGAUUUGUUUGGUGGAAGACUUACCUCUGAUAUGAUUACAGAACGACAAGGACAUUCAAACUUUUCCCAAAUGCAGGAAUUAAAUUGGACUUCAUCAUCCAUAAGAACUGUAGAUUUGAUCCCAGUUGACCAAUUUAGAAAUGUGAGUAAUGUGAACCUACAGAACAAUAAUCUUACCUCUUUCAGUGGACUAAUCUAUCUGCCGAAUGUGAAGGUCUUAUGCCUCAACUAUAAUCAUAUUGAAUCAAUCAUGCCUAGACUAAAGCCUCAGACUCACUUAACUAAUAGACAACUACUUUACCAGAAAGUACCUUCAAGUGGUUAUGGACAACAAGGAACUUCAAAAAUAAAUAGAGAUACAAUGAGCAGUGAAAAUUUACCUCCAAUAAUGCACAGUUUAGAGGUUCUUCAUUUGGGCUACAAUGGAAUUUGUAAUUUAAUCCAGCUACAACUUAACAGACUAAGAAAUUUAAAAUUCCUCUUUCUACAGGGGAAUGAAAUCAGUCAAGUUGAAGGGCUAGACAACUUAGCAGUCCUUCAGGAAUUGGUGGUAGACCAUAACCGCAUCAGAGCAUUUAAUGACAGUGCUUUUGCCAAACCAAGUUCUCUCUUGGCACUUCAUCUGGAGGAAAAUAGACUACGAGAGCUGAGCAAAUUGCAACCUUUGGUAAAACUAGAGAAACUCUUCCUAGGAUAUAAUAAAAUCCAGGAUAUCACAGAACUGGAAAAACUUGAUGUUAUCUCUACUCUCAGGGAGCUUACAGUUUAUGGCAAUCCAAUUUGCAGAAAAAUGCUACAUCGUCAUGUGCUCAUAUUUCGACUACCUAACUUACAGAUGUUAGAUGGAAUUCCUGUGAAUUCAGAAGAUAGAGUAAAAGCUGAAUUUCACUUUUCUGAACUACAAGCAAAGAAAACUACGGCAGAGAGGAAGAGAAGGAAUGAGUUCUCACCUCAACUCUGUAUCAUACAGUUCACAUAACAAUGGAGAUAUGUGUCUCUUUUCUUGUAUGCUGGCAGAAUUACUGGGCCUUUUACCUGUGGGCCCUAAAAUGUAUUGGCUAUGGUAGGAAAGAGAGACAGAAGAAACCACAAAAACAUAUCAUUAGGAAAUUCUAUCACUGACCACCCCUUCUCUUAAUGACUUUGCCCUAAUGACUAAAUUUAACACAGAAAAUCAAUGGCUUUUGAACAAGACCAAACAUUAUUAGAGGUGAGCCUUUGUAAAAUGUGAGGAAGAAGAGACUGGAGGAGAUAGGGAAACCAGUUGAGAUUUUUAAGAAUAAUCCAAGAGAGAGAUUGCAAAGACCUGGAUGGAUGUGAAUGAAGAAUGUAAGUGAGCCUCUAUGUAAGUGAAAACCAGAGACCAAGGACAUUAAAAAGUAAAGGAACAAAGGUUAUUUUUAAAAAGGCAUCUUGCAGAGGAAAGAGAUAUUUACUAUAGAAGCCCUCCUAAUUGGCUUUCACUUAACUCACUAGAUUAAUUGAUACUUUCCAUUCCCUCUGUGAAUCAAAUGAAUUCUCAGAACACACAGAACUGUUGAUACUUGUGGGCUCCUCUCCAGUCUACUUCGCACUUCAGCAGUAGGUUGACAUACUCAUCAAGAGUUGACUGUAUUGCUUUUUUUCAAAACCUGCUAUACUAAUUCUUAUUUUCAAUAUAUGAACUUUAAGAACAAAGUUUAAAUUAUUAUUUGUUUCUAUGAAUACAAAAUUGGAUAUUUUGGAAAGUCUGGAUAAAAAGCAAGCACACAUACACUAUUAGUAUAUAAUGUCAAAUUAGGUAUGGAAGAAAAUUAUAAAAUAAAGGAGAAAAUUAUUAAAAUUUAGAGAAAAUAUAUGGGGAAAUUAUUUUUUAAAAUCUAGACAAAUUCUUAUAUUCAAAUUUUCCUCACAUAUCUUUAAAUUCUUGUUAUUUUAAAGAAACCCAAACUGGAAAUUGUAGGAAAAAUCUUAAGGGUAUGUUUUAUCCAAGAAAAAUCAGAUAAAAUACCAAUCAAAAGACCCUUGCUUACAGAAAAGAACUUGCCCCUUUGUCAGAAGAUUGGUGAAUGCAUGUAAUUUUAUGUUAUAAAUGCAUGUAAUUUUAUGUUAUAAAUUUUUAAAAAGAUAUUUGCUAUAUAUUUUUAUGACUUUCUGACUUUUUUAUUAAUCCUAACUUUUCUGAUUAAUAUUGACUUUAAUUAACAAAGGAGUUUCUAUUAUAGGUCAAAGUAUCCACAGAGACUUGUGAAACAUAAAGUUGUUUAAUGUUAAUAAAAGUUAUUAAUAUUAAUAAAAAUGAUUGUGGAUAUCUACAUUUUUUCUAAAAUAUAUGUCUUUAUCUUAGCCAUCAAUCUGUAUGAUGUUGAUAAAGAAAAGCACUACAUGUCUCAUGUAUUCAAAUUCUUGUCACAGGCCAGUCUUUCAAAAGAGAAAAAAAAGAUGAAAUAAAAUAUAGUUCAGUAAUUGAAGGUUUCUUUCCCUUUCUUGAUUUUGUAUUCCUGGAGCAAGUCACUUCUUGAAAAUUGUAUGCCUCAGGAAUUAGUUUUUUAUUCCAAAUGCAAUAAAUUAUCACAAAUUUUAUGCCUUAAAACAAUAAAAAUUUAUUAUAUUACAGUUCUGGAGAUCAGACAUCUGAUAAAAAGCAUUGGCUAGGCAGCAUUCCUUCUGGAAGUUCCAGGAGAGAACUUGUUCUUUGCUAUUACCAGUUUCCAGAGACUAUCUACAUCCCUUGGCUACUGGCCUUCUUCCAGCAAUGUAUCACUUAGACUGCAUGUUUCCAUCAUCACAUCUCCUGUCUGUCAGAUCUUUCUGUCUCCCUUCAUCUAGAUAGUCACAGUAAUCUCCCCAUGUCAAAAUCCUUAACCAUAUCACACCUGCAAAUUCCUCUGCUAUGUAAAGUAAAAUAUUCACACGUUUUGGAGAUUAGGAUAUUGAACAUCUCUGGGAAAGAGAAAUUAUUCUAUCAUACCUCAUGUAAGGGCUCCAUUGAGAAACCUAAAACUUAUCAUAUUAAAAUUUAUAGAUUCUAUUUUAAAGUAAUGUUAAAAAAUCAUUUAAAACAUAUUUAAAGAUCCCAAUUUCCCUAGGUAAUUUUUAAAAAUUGUUUUCAUAUAGCAGAAUAAAGUACAUUAACUUAAAUUUCAGUCAAUGAUGAAUAUUUCAUUGAAAAGUUUAUUUAUUGUUCAUUUUUUCUAUAUCUUACAUAGUGAACCCAGAUUUUUCCCAAUGCUCUUCUAUGAUGUAAUCUUAGUCUAUAUUCUUGCCAUUUGAAUCAGUGCUCCAUAAAAGAAUUUAACUAUCUUUCCACUUAGUUUUUCUAUAUUGUAAACAUUUUAUUUUAAAUUUUGUUUUUGGUUCAUCAAUACAUGGUUCGUAAAACAAAAGGUGUAUUUGAAGUCUUUAUUCUGGAGAUAUAUGUUUUGACUCAACAAUCACUCUCAUUUUCAUGGCUAAAACAAAAUUGAGCCAUUAUCAGUUCAGUCUAAUAUACUAAUCUUUGUGACUGCUAUUCUUGCUUUUAAACACCAGAAAAAGGAGAAAUGAACUCUAAAAGCUGUCUUUUAAACCAAAACAUUUUGAAAUUAGUUUUCUAAUUCCUAAUAGAAUGCUGUUAAAUUUUAGCAUUCUAGAUUAGUGAUAGGAAGUAACUCCCACAAAGGAAUAAGGGAAUUUGAGACUGACCAGCUUUAGUAAAAACCAUUCAUUUCAAAGCUGUCUUCUUGGUAACAAGAAAGUAUGAAGUAAAUCAGUAAUUUUACACAAAUGGCAAAGGCCUAUGUCUCUAAAUAGGUUCAAUAAUAUGUUCAGAAUUCAUAUCUUUAAAAAAAUAUAAACAAAUUCAUAGUAUUAAUGACAUCAGAGGGGUCAUAAAUUUUUAGGGACAGCAAGAGUCUCCCUCUCAAAAUAUUUUUCUUCUCCAUUUGCCGAUUCCUGAAAUUCUUUAAAAGUCUCUUAAUCCUUGAUGGUUUACAUUGUAAAUACUAUUUAAAGCUUUACCACUUUCAUUAAAAUUAUUGUAAUUUGCUUUUCUUAGUCCCUAUUUUAUUAACUUGGUUUUGAAAAACUAAGUAACUGCAAGGCACCUGAUGAGGUAAUGGGAAAAAGAAGAAACAUUACACUUACCUUAUUAAUACACUUUGAAAAGAGGAAGUGCCAUGAAGCGCACCAGCUUCUAGUGCUGAGUGCAAAAGCAGUCUGAAGAAACAGAACAUAAGGAUAAUCACCAAGAGAGCUCUGUGGAUUCUACAGGUUUUAGUUAGUACCAGUUCUGUGUUUAGGCAACCAUGUUUUCUGCUGACUAAGAAAAAUUUGAUUGUCAUGUGAGGUUUGUGAUGAAGACUAAACCUGUUGAUCUAAGAUUUGGAGGUAAGAUGUUCUUAAUUGUUUUGUUUUAUUAUGUAGUUUAUUCCUGUUACCAACUCUCCUAUGGAUGGUGGAUCAUUCUGCCCAAUGAAAGCAUCUCCCAUUAAAAUAACAAAUGUAAUUCUGCCUGGUGGAUUUAGCCAUUACUUGGGACCCGACUUCACUUUAACUCCUGAAG